AGGGGAUAGGGGCGGCGCUGUCUGACCAAUCGAAGCUCAACCGAAGAGCUAAAUAAUGUCUGACCCCAGCUCCUGGCGCUGGCUGAGCUCAGGGUGCCCGCUGCUGCGCCGGGGCGCACCCGCUAGCUGGCUGUCGCACGGUCCCCACCGCUCCCGGGACUCCCGGGCCCGGAGAAAGAGGCCGCCCGGGGCGACGCGCCACCUCCUCCUGGAGAGGCUUUGGUGAGACUGGGUCACUCCCGGAGUCACCGCUGCUGCGGGGAGGACCGGAAAGCGCACGGGGCCGGGAGCAGGGCGCAGGGGACAGGAGCGUGACAACGAUGUGACUCCGCUGCCGGGGAUCCGAGAGCUUUGUGUGGACCCCGAGUUCCACCAGGUGAGAAGAGUGAUGACCAUCCUUUUCCUUACUAUGGUUAUUUCAUACUUCGGUUGCAUGAAGGCUGCGCCCAUGAAAGAAGCAAACGUCCACGGACAAGGAAACUUGGCCUACCCAGGUGUGCGGACCCAUGGGACUCUGGAGAGCGUGAAUGGGCCCAGGGCAGGUUCGAGAGGUAUGACGACGUCUCUAGCUGACACUUUCGAACAAGUGAUUGAAGAGCUGCUGGAUGAGGACCAGAAGGUUCGGCCCAACGAAGAAAACCCUAAGGAUGCGGACUUGUACACUUCCCGGGUGAUGCUCAGCAGUCAAGUGCCUUUGGAGCCUCCUCUGCUCUUUCUGCUGGAGGAAUACAAAAAUUACCUGGAUGCCGCAAACAUGUCGAUGAGGGUUCGGCGCCACUCCGACCCUGCCCGCCGCGGGGAGCUGAGCGUGUGUGACAGUAUUAGCGAGUGGGUCACGGCAGCAGAUAAAAAGACUGCAGUGGACAUGUCGGGCGGGACAGUCACGGUCCUGGAGAAAGUCCCCGUAUCAAAAGGCCAACUGAAGCAAUAUUUCUACGAGACCAAGUGUAAUCCCAUGGGUUACACGAAGGAAGGCUGCAGGGGCAUAGACAAAAGGCACUGGAACUCGCAAUGCCGAACUACGCAGUCGUAUGUUCGGGCCCUCACUAUGGAUAGCAAAAAGAGAAUUGGCUGGCGAUUCAUAAGGAUAGACACUUCCUGUGUAUGUACACUGACCAUUAAAAGGGGAAGAUAGUGGAUUUGUGUUGUAUAGAUUAUAUGGAGACAAAAAUUAUCUAUUUGUAUAUAUACAUAACAGGGUAAAUUAUUCAGUUAAGAAAAAAAUAAUUUUAUGAACUGCAUGUAUAAAUGAAGUUUAUACAGUACAGUGGUUCUACAAUCUAUUUAUUGGACAUAUCCAUGACCAGAAAGGAAACAGUCAUUUGCGCACAACUUUAAAAGUCUGCAUUCCAUUCCUCGAUAAUGUUGUGGUUUGUUGCCAAGAAUUGAAAACAAAAAGUUAAAAAAAAUAAUAAUAAUAAAUUGCAUGCUGCUUUAAUUGUGAAUUGAUAACAAACUGUCCCUCUUUCAGAAAACAGACAAAAAAACAAAAAAACAACAAAAACAAAAAAUUUGAACCAAAAUAUUCCGUUUACAUUUUAGACACUAAGUACCUUCGCCCUUGUUAGUUUUACCGCUUUACACUUCUGAUAGCGUUGGAAUUAAAACCAUGUCAAGGUGCUGUUCUCUUCGCUUUACUGGCUUAGGGGAUGGGGGAUGGGAGGGGUCUAUUUCUGUUUGUUUUGUGUUUUAUUUCGUUUUGUUUGUUUGUUUUGUUUUUUGUUUUUUGUUUUGUUUUGUUUUGUUUUAGUUUCGCCAGGAGUAGGAAUGGAGAAAAUUUCUUCAGUAUCCAUUCUGGUUGAUAAAACGUUACAUUUGUAUGUUGUAAAGAUGUUUGCAAAAUCCAAUCAGAUGACUGGAAAAAAAGAUGAAUAAAACUUACGGCAACUGAACAAAAUGUUCAUACUCCACUGCACAUGAUGCUACCUCCCUGGUCCCCUAGCUCACCCGUUCAGCAGGGGUCAGGGAAACCCGCUUUUAUGGGAAAGACCCACAUUUGUUCAAAGCACAUUCUUUCCCUCCCUUCUCCCCCCCCUUACUCCCCUCUUUUUGUUUUGUCUUAUCUUAAGAGAGAAAAUUAAGUUGCGCGCUCUGAAGUAUUUUAUCACUGCUAUCAACAGAUGAACAAAGUGUGUCAUUUCAUGGCACUCACGGAAAACAAAAAGAGUGAUUUUGUUAUGUUUUGGGUUUCUUUCCCCCCUAAAGAGAAAACAAAUAAGAAGAAAUAAUUCUAUUUUAAAAUAAUGCAUAAACACUGGGUAAAUCAUAAGGCCUAACAAUGUUUCGCAGAUAAAAUUUGCUGUAUACAGUCAGACACUUAGGCUAGAGCAGGAGUGGACACUGCCACUGAAAUGCGACUGAAUGGCCCUGUGGAGGCUAAGCAGAGCUGACGUACCAUUUCCUGGCAGUACAGGAGGAAUUUCUGAGUGGACAUCUGAGGUCCAGGUAGAGGUGGAGAACGGUACUUGAGACAUUCCUAAAGGAUGGCUCAGAAGCACUCUUCAGAGCAGGCUCCGGAAUGAUGUGUCAAGUUGCUUAGACCUCCUACUUUAAGUGCCUAUAUUACCUAACAAUGCUCAAGAGGUUCUCAAUUGGAGAACCACACUCAAGUCCGUUUAUAGCCUCCAUCCCAUUCCUAAAUAAUUGUGUAUAAAGUUGGAUUGACCUGGAGCUGGUUUUGGAUCCAAAUGUGGCAUUGGUGAUAAGGAAAUUAAUGCAAUGCAUAGAAAAUGUUUGCUAUGAAGACUCUUAAUUUGCUUUGAACCUAGACUUGAGGAAGCCUAGGUUUUAUUUUUCGAGACUUUUUUGGUAGAAAGAAAAAAAAAAAAGGAAAAGAAAAAUCAGGAAAAAGCUGAAUAACCAGUGUCCGUAAAGGCUAGACAUCCUGUGCAGAGACAAUACGUAGGAAGGUGCUUUCGCUCUGCCAGAGGCAACAGCACAGGAGGAAAUUUUGCUUCAGGGAAGAGCACAGAAACUUCCUGCCAAUUCUGCCUAUUCAUAGCAAGGGUCCUUUCUGUACUCCACCCUUUGGGGUUAGGAGAAGCCAGGUUGGCAGCAUAAAAUAAAUGGACCCAACGAGAAUUAGUGCUAAGCCCAUUUCCCUCUUCAGGUUUUUUCCGAGUGUGAAUGCGUUAGUGGUGACCUACCUGGAUUCCUGAGCACCUGAAAAAGAGGUAAAGAAUUGCUAAGAAUUGCUUCUUCUGAGGAGGGGAAAGGAUGAACGAAAGUGGAUGCCCACUGUGUCUCAGGGAGUGAAGAUACCAUCAGCAAACAAUUUCUUUUUGUCCAAUCUUUCCUUUAGGAUUAGCCUGUCUUUUGGAGUACCACUAAAUACCCUGUCUUUGAAAGAAAGACUUUAUGUAGUGUAGAUUGUUUUGUGCCGUUUGACAACAUUAAUCUUUGUCAUCUUUUUUUUUUUAUCCUAUUAAGGAAUGCUUGGAAUAUCUGCUGUACGUUAACUUUUUGCAGCUUCCUUCUGAAAGACAUUAGUCAAACAAACAAAAGGAGCCCCAUCACAGUCUUACAGUAUUGCAAGGGUCAGGCCUGUUAACUGGCUUCCUAGGAGACACUCAGCAAUUGUGUGGUCAGUGGCUCUGUCUCUUACCCACUAAGACGCAUCAUAGUUUCAUGUUGGUGGUUUAUGUUGACCUGAAAUUUAUUUGUUAAAAUCUCUUCUUCAUUUCUGUUCGUUCUGGUUCUUGUUCUGUUCUGUUCCGUUGUGUUUUGUUUUGUUUUGUUUUUAAAGUCUUGCUGUGGUCUCUUUUUGGCAGAAAUGUUUCAUGCAUGGCAGCAGGCCUGUUGCUUUUUUAUAGUGAUUCUCAUUGAAACUGUAAGUAAAUGUCUGUGGCCUUGUUCUCUCUAUGGUAAAGAUAUUAUUCACCAUGUAAAACAAGAAAAAUAUUUAUUGUAUUUUAGUAUAUUUAUAUAAUUAUGUUAUUAAAAAUUGGCAUUAAAAUUUAACCACAUCAGAAGCCUAUUGUAAAUACAGGUUCUAUUUAAGUGUACCAAUUAACAUAUAAUAUAUGUUUUAAAUAUAGAAUUUUUAAUGUUUUUAAAUAUAUUUUCAAAGUACAUAAAAUCUGGGGGUUCUGGGUUUUUUCUCUUCACUGUAAAAUAUGAAAAUGUGUUUUACUAUAAAUAUAUGUGUUCCUUGCUUUAAGACCAACCUGACUAGUGGUAGCAAUUGAACAGUCCUCCACACAGGAAGCUGAUUUCAAAGCAUGGGGAGGC